AAUUCAUUUAUAUUCUUUAAUGUUAACACAUUAUUUGAUAUAUUUUGUACUUUAGUCACAGUUUUCAGUGUGCAGUGCAUUUUUUGACUGCCAAUUUCUGCACGUAAUUUAAUCGCUGAUGAAACAACUAAACUUUGAUGCCUGAACGUCAUGUAACGGCUAUGAAACAUAUUAAUAGUAACAAGAAGUAAAAAAAAAACAAUACAAGACCAACAAUUAUACAGUCCGUGAGGAAAUUAAAGUCAGCAUUUUAAAGACGAAAGGGGCUAUUUUAAUAGAUUCAUAUAAUAUGAACAUGUUUCUAAUUCCGUGUUCAUCCUGAAAAAGUUUUGUUUUUGACUAGAAAUAUGAUGAAAUAACAUGUCUGACUACUAUGUUAGUGAGUUUUUUAUACUUUUUUUCUGCUUGAUUAAACUAUUUUGCUACUUGUUUAACACUAGAAGUCCCAAAAUUUUCAACAUCCAAAAGACCCUUAGUCCACACAGAUGACUCUGAUAGCUCCAAUUAGCAUCCCUUCAUUUGCAAAUGUGGCCAUUGCCAGAGGAAUCAGCAGGGGGGAGGAGAGAUGAAUUCACACAAAAGUCACAUGAUGUUGUACCGCAUUAUCCAGGUCAUUUAGCCAAAUGUGAGAGGACUAGAAACAUGAGACAUGAAAACAUAAGAGAAUUUUUCACUGUUUUGGUAGAGAUAUGGCAUUUUGCUGCUGUUCCAUGGUGCUUCGCUAAACCAUAUAGAGGAUUUUGCCAAAUACACCUUGAAUUUUGAGAAUAUCAUCUCAGUUUCGAGAAAUGAGCCAAACUAAUUGAAAAAAAAAACUGUAAAUCAACUUAAACUUGUUCAAAUGUUGGAGAUAAGUUAGUUCAAAAUGACAGUGGCUGCUCCUGAGAGUGUCUGCCCAUCCCCCAGCAGCAUUUUUUGCAGGGCCAUCCUGCAACAGCUACAGAAAUUUGCAUGCAGCCUUUAGUGCUGUGGAGGAUAAAUAGGUGACUGCUUCACCUAUUUUGUUGACAAGAAACAAAAUGCAAAGGAGGCUAACCACUCAACAGGCAUUGGAACUGAUCGUGAGCCAGGCCAACCCUUGUGACUCAGAUGGAGAAGACAACCAGAUUCGGACUCUGAGCUGUCUUCAGAUGAGGAGACGACUCCACCAAAAAAAGAGAGCUCGGUUGGGGAGUGAGCUGACAGAGACCUCAAAAGAUGGCACAGUGUGGUGUGAAAAACAAGUGGGGACAUGUCUCCAUAUCACUCCAAAAGAACCUUACGCCACAGCUGGAGAGCCAAUGGCUAAGGCCAUUGUGGAUGUGAUGGACCAAAUGGUGCGGGAGUACAGCGUGCGUGCAGGAACACAGAGAUGGCCAGUCGCCGUGUUCUACAACAUGAUUGACAUGGCAGCACUGAAUGCACAUGUGCUUUAUCAGGCAUGCAUUGAGGUGCAGGAGAGACGGGUGGACUUCCUGGUUGAGCUUGCAAAAGAGUUGGGUGACGGUCAUGUGAGUGAGAAGAAGGCACGCAAGGAGAAACUGCUUUUGCUAAAACCUUCCACACCCAGCCCUGGCAAAAGGGCAAAGUGUCAGGUCAACCAUCGUUGCACAAACAAUUGUGCAACUGUGAGAUGUGCUGGCUGCUACAAAUAUACAUGUGGCAAAUGUACCAGAGUCAUACCAUGGCAGUGCCAUGUAUGUUCCGACAGUGCAGACUAAUGCACUCACACGCACACACACACACACACACACACACACACAUGCAGCGCCCCACUGCAGCUUAGUGUAAAUAUGUGUGAAAUUGUUUUAUUCCUUGUAUUUUUUUGUAUCAUUUUUAUGACAAAAAUAAAAAGCAUGGAAACUAAUAAAAGUUGUUCUUUGUAUUUUUCUCAUGUUGAAAUUUCAGUCCUCUUGACUUAGACACAAACGCUUCUGGUCUUUGCUCACAGCUGGACCUGGAAACCCUUAUUUACAAAACAAAAGUGGCUGUUCAUAACUCAUUAUACAAUGUUAGCUAAAAUCCUUCAGGUCACUCGACCCAUCUCUGGGUUCCAAAGGUAGAAAUGUUAAAUGACCCUUCUCUGGGACUUCUAGUGUUAAAAAUGCAGGAAUGUGAUUCAAAAUUACAAACCAGGAAACAGAAAAAUAUCUAGACAUAAACCAACACAUAAAAAGAUUUGUCUCUGUUAAAGUGAAACAUGUUAAAAACCAAAUUUCUUUUAUGUAUCUACCCAUAAAUCAUAAUUUUGUAAGGAAGCACACAGAUAAGAAUGGUAUAAGUAUGGAAAUACCUCACAGACAGAGAGGAAAGCUCUACAAAGAGCCAUAAAGUCUGCAGAGAGGAUCAUAGGAAUAACACUUCCUUCCAUGGACUAUGUGCACAUACAACACUGAAUUCCAAUGUGCAGGGACUGUUGAUCCGUGUUCAAAUGGCAAAUAAAUGUCUUAAGUCUUGAGAUAAGAAACAUUUUAGAAGUAAAUUGUUUGAAUGCUGCCUCGUCAUAUUUAUAAUAAUUUACUUCCUCAACAUGCGGUUGUUUUGAGUGUAUAUGAACAUAAUUGACUGUAUAAUUAUUUUUUUUAAAUCAGAAGUUUUAAUUUUCAAAUUACUUCCUUGUUUGCAUUUUUUACAGU